AUGUACAAACUGCCCAGCUAUUGUUAUACAGGUAUAAUUACAAACUCUAGUCAAUGCUCAAAUAUCAAAUUGGAAAUACAUAGAACUUAUUCGAGUAGUGUGAGAAACUUAGUGUUUCCCAUAUGGUUUCAACCUCAUCUUAAAUUCAUAAAUGAAACCCAUCUAAACUAUAAAUUGAGCCAGAUGAGGAAAUCCUAUCAGAUAGGAUAUUUCUUUGCUCCUAUAUUUCCGAUUCAAUCUAGGAAUGAUUCAUUUCUCAAUAGUACGGAUAAUGGAGCUACUCUGAAUACACUUUGGAAUAAUAUCAAAUCAAAUAAUUACAGUGACAAAAUCUCUAGCCUAUCCUAUCUAUCAGGAUAUAGCAAUACUUCUUCCAUGUUUUCUUACUUAUUUCAUGUUUUUAACACACAAAAUGCUGAAUUUUUCUUUGGUGAACAGAAUUGGUUUAGAUUCCUGGAUUUAUCUAUUGCUGCCACCUCAAAUAAGUAUUAUAGGAUGGGGUUUUCAUUGGCAGUUCCAAGAUCAGAUUUAUCUGAAUUCAGUUAUGCUUCUGAUAACCCUCUGGAAGAAACUGAUCCUGACCUUUUUGGUUCUCAGUAUCAAUGUACUUUUGUUCUGGCAGAUCAAAUAGUUUAUGCGGAGGGCUAUUGGGUUUUCACCGUCUCUGGAGCACAUAUUUACCUAAGUAUUGCUGUAAUUGUUGUAAUAGGAAUAAUGACAACUCUAGUACUGUGUUUUAAUACGAGAUUGUAUGAGGAAGAUAUGGAAACAAAUUUUACAAGACAUUUCGAUAUGAAAAAGACACCAGUGCCAGCAGAAAAACCAAUGUUUUUUCACAAAUUAGCCAGGCUUUAUGACAUGGCUAGAGCCUUUGUGCUGGCAAAUGAUAAUGAUAUUGCUAAGGAAGUUGGGUCAGAGUCAUAUUACUAUUUUUGCCUACUCUAUUAUCUUUCUUGUUCCAUAUUUGCCUCCCAAGCUCCACCUUGGAUUCCAUUCAUGGAUAUUUCAAAAUAUACAGCAGCCACCUUAACAUCUGGAAGGCAAGAACACGUAUUCUUGAUAUUUGUAAUUAUCAACAGUUUUUUAGCUUGUUUGUUGGGAGCAUUUCUACUCUAUGCACUCAAACAUGAAUCUAGAGUGUUUGUCACAGACAAGGUUAUCACAGAUGAAAAGGCACUCUCGGCAACAAUUCGUCAUUUUGGUCACCUUUACACUUUGAUGGUAAAGAAUAUUCCAAAGGAGAUAACAGCUAAGGAGGAGUUAGGAGAACUAUUCAAUGAAGAGAUCCUUCUUGGAAAAUACAGAACUGACGAUGAAUGGAAAGAACAUUAUGUAUGUCAUGUUGCUGUAAAUCUUAAUCAUCUUACAGAAUUAGAAAAAGCUCUUGCUAAAGUUGAAAAGAAGCUAGAAAAUAUCAAACCUGAUAAACCACCUACUACUGGCUGUCUUGCAAAAUGUACAUCAAGAGAAGAUCAAUUAAUAUUGGAAAGGGAUCAGAUAACUGAAAAGAUUAAUACAAUUAAGAAAAAGUACUAUGUAAAUGAAUCGAUGGAGAAUGACGCAUUUUUAACUACUGGAGCUUUUAAUACCAACGAUCCUACAGAUGUGUAUGGGACUGGAUAUGGAUUUGUAACAUUUUUUUCAAUGGAUGAAGCCAAAGAGGUGCUAAGAAACUUUAACGCUUCUAGAUCUAAAGUAACUCAAUGGAUGGAAUAUUUGAUACCUUUUUAUGAAGACAAAGAAAUUGUCGUAACAGCAGCUGUUCCACCCGACGAUGUGAUUUUUGAGAACUUUAGUGUAAGCCACAAGAAGAGAAAAUUAAGGCUGAUAGGUAUUAAUUUGGGACUGUUUUGUGCUAUGCUUUUGGUAUUCUUUAUUCUUGGAGUGGGAAGUGUUUCACAAUGGGCUAAACAGGAAUUUUUAACAUUUGUUAUUGAUUUUGCUGAGAGUUUGCAAGUUGCUGGAAUGGUUGAUCUGUUUAGAAUCUUGGUGGAUUUGUUAAUGGAGGUACCUGGAUUGUUCAUGGAAUUGCUAAAACUUGUAGUGGUGUUAGGAGCAAAUGCUGUAGGUUACUUUUCCAAGACUCAUUACUCAUUGUACGUCUCUGAAAAGAUGUUCUUCUUUAUGCUUUCUGCUACACUUGUCUUUCCAUAUUUUACCAAAUAUUUCUUCCUCAAUACCAUUAUGGCAUUCAGUAACUAUGUGUCUCACUAUCCUCAAUUCAACAAUUUGGUUGUCUAUUUUGAAUUUUUCGGAUUGGACAUUAUCAAUAUUCUAUUUAUUUUUUCAUUCAUUGCAAAAACCAUUGAGUAUUCCAUUCAAUUAGUUUCAACAGUCAUCACUCUUUCUAUCAAUAAGAAAAUGGCAAGAAUGCCUUUUGAUUAUGAGGUGAAUUAUGGUUUUAAAUCUGCCCUACUCAUCCUGAUAGCCUUUUAUGGUUCAGUUGCUCCCUUUGUGUACUUGGCAGGAUUAGUCAAGAAAAACCAAACUGUACCGGUUUCUCGAGAAGAAACAGAGAGUGAAAAAUCACAAACACAAUCAGUGAUUAGCAAUUUUAAACAUGACGUGGCCAACUUGAUCAAUAUUGGAAAACUUGAAUCAUUAGAAAAUGAGGAUAUUGUUGAUCUUGUUCACAAAUCUCAAUUACUAGAUCUCUACAGACACCCUUACUUUAUCGAUGAAGCAAGAAAGCUUAAAAAGAAGAUGAAGAAUGCAAUGAGAGCAGCUCUUUUCGUUGCCAAUUCAAAACAAGAUACAAGUACACAUAAUGAUGUAACACUCUCCCUCGUAAAGGCUAUGAAUGGCCAACAAAUUGAAUUACAAGUGGAUCCGGAAAUUGACGUUGAAGAAUUUAGAAAAUUACUUGCUGAGAAGAGUAACACUGCUCCUCAUCUUCAAAGGCUCAUCUAUCAAGGAAAGGUUUUGAAAAACGGUACAAAACUCUCUGAUUACAAAAUAUCUAAUGACCAUGUUAUUCAUCUUGUAAAUAUGCCACCUCCAGAGGCUCAAGCCAGUAGUGGUUCUUCAUCAUCAUCUUCUGCCACUACAACAAACACCACUGGAGCUACUGGAACAACAUCAUCAACAAAUGCUGGAGCUCAUCCACAUGCUCAAACCUUCCGUGCUUUGGGUCCUGGAAUGGUAAUCACUGGUAUUGUAGACUCACAAUCACCAAAUAGCAAUAACAAUCAAAGAGGUGGUAUUGAUAUUUCUUCAAUCUUGAACAGUGUUUUAGGUGGAAUUUUACAACCAGGAGCUAAUGCCAAUAAUAAUAACAAUCAUGGACAUUCACACCCUCAUUCACACUCUCACAAUCCACCAACAGCACAAAGACAGCAACAACAACAACAACAACAAGCAAAUAAUAAUACCAACAAUAAUAAUAAUCAAACAAGAUCUCUCAUUAAUGGAGCACGUUCAAUUAUUAACCUUCUCAACAAUGAACAACAAAGACAAAAUAUUGUCAGAUCAUUGGAGACUGUUGUUAAUAGUUUGAGUGAAUCUACACCAAAUCGUCUUGCUGCUAAUCUUGCCAGAAAUGAAGUAUUGCCAACACUCCAACAAUUACACAGAGAUUUGGGUGUCAUCGUAAAUACACGUAAUACCACUGCAACAUCAAAUAGUGGAAAUCAAGGUACUACUACUCAUUCCGAACCAAGUAUUACAGGUGUUAACUUGAAUUUGCAUGUUAAUGCCAAUGAAUUGGAUCAAUUACCAAAUCAAUUGGAUAGAUUGCACAAUAUUAUUCACAAUUCACCAUUAGGACCAAGACCUCAAACCAUUGAACAACCACAACCUAUUCUCAUUACAACAUCCUCCACCACUGUUAACAGAACAGCACAACAACCAUCCCAACAAACACCAUCUCAACCUAGUCAAACUAGUUCUGCUACCACUACUCAACAACAAACUUCAACAGCACCAACAACCACUCAACCAAGUGCUCAACAAUUUUCAUUGAAUAGUUUUAUGGAGAGAGCAAUGACAUCUUUGGGAGUUAACUUGACUGAAUCAAACGAGUCUGAAAGAUCAAUUUUUGAUAGAUUAAUUUCUGUUGCUACUGAUGGAUUGCAAAUUACAGAUCUUUUAGGAAUUAUUUCUGGAAAUUGGGCUCCUUUGGAAUCUACAAAGGGAAGAAUGAGAGAUUUUGUUAUUUCAGAAGUUUUGAAGGGUGAUACCUCUUCUGAAAAUAUUCAAGAAAAGGUUGAAGAAAUCAUGACCGAUUUUGAAACUUACAUGGAUAAGAAUCAUGACUUGCAACUCGAAAUUGCUUCCAGAGCUGGUGAAUCUGAUGUUAUUGAUUUGCUCACUCAACUUGUCAGAAAUUAUGUUACCUUAUUCUUCAAGCUAAUCAUUGAAGAACCAAGCCAAUAUCACUCUAUCAGUAAUGGCACAAUUGAUGGAACUGUGCCAUCUCCAUUUGCUUCAGCUCUUAAUAGAUUCACCACUCUUGCUCUUGGUGAAGUUGUAGAAUUAUUCGAAACUCAUUGUACUAGUGGCUCAUCAUCUGUAUUGUUACCUCUCCUUUUGGAUUCCAUGUUCAAUAGCCUUCCAUCCAAUGUACAAAUGUUCUAUAGAACUCAAGGAAGUUCUGUUAUUGCUUCUUUUGCUACACAAAGACAUCAACAAUACAAGACCUUGUAUCCUAAUAGACCAUUAACAUUCAUGCCAAAGCCUCUUCUCACUAAGAAGGAAGUUAAACCAGAAGCUUCUAAACAACAAGAAACCAAGAAGGAAGAACCAAAGCCUCAAGCUUCAUCUGAUUCUGAUAAGAUGUUGGAAGAACUCAUGUCUAAGGAUAGUAUGGAUCUGUUGGAUUCUGUUUCUUUUGAUGAUAUUGUUGAAAAGCCCAGUCAUACCGGUGGUGUCUCUAUGGUUGAGAAGGAACUGAUGCUCCACGUUGCCGGCAGCUCUCACAUUGAAUCUCCAUCGACCAUCACUCCAACAACUGAAACUAGUCCAAUGGAAUCUAACAAGCUCUUACUGCAAUUGCCAACCAACCAAACUGAAAAGAUUGAAUCAGAAUUAUCUCCUUCUCAGAAUGGAACUAGUUCUGCAUCUUCGUCAAUGGAUGACGAUCACCAUCACGAAGUUGUUGUCUAA